AUGUAAUUUAAUUAUACACAUUAGUAGCUCUAAUACGCUUCUCCUUUUUCCUUGUAAGUUCCUAUCUUAAAUAUGCUUUAAACUCAAUAAAAUUAAUAUUUCUCAAUACCUGCCCAAUGCAAUUACAGAACCCCUUUAAAUCCUUUUACUUAUGAACAACUUAAUUUGUUUAAUAACUAAUAAUAAUUACAGAUGAAUGUCUAAACAGAUUUACUUGGAAUAUCAUAAAUCUCAAAUGCUUAAUAACAAUUUAACUCGUAAUAAUUGUACUAAAACAAUCUCUUUGGUUUCUAAAAUUAGUAUGACUACAAGCCUAUAGUAGAUAAUCAAUAGCAAUUGCUGUAGAUUUCAAAUGAUUUUUAGCCUAUCUAGUAUAUUAAUACUUCAAACAAUUUAAUGGACUAAAACUUACUAAGAGAUAAUGCUUUAGUACAAACAAGCACAUCGUUUUCUUAACCUGAAGUAAUCGAUAAUAUUACUCAUAAUAUUUAAUUGAACGACUAUUAAGAAUAAGCAAAUAUAUUUAGUAAAUAAAUACAAACCAUAUUUUAAGAAGAUCUAAUCCCUUAAUAGUUGUUGGUUAGCCAAAAAUAAAAAAAUAUUAAAAAAUAAGUAGUCCGUAAAAAUUAAAAACAAAGAAACUCUAGUAAAAGUGUAAUAAAUAAUAACAUUACUAGUCUAUAAAAUUAAAAUAAUAUAAUUGAAUAGACAGCACAGUUAAAUUAAGAUGAUUUAAUUAAAAACCACACAUAAACUCUACUUAAAAUUGAAUAAAAUGAGCAAUAAUUAAAAACUGAAUUUGAGUCUACUCUUUUUAAGCAAAGCGAACCACUAAUAAAAUUUGAAAAUUUAGAUGAAAACAUGAACGAAUCAAAAAGUUUCUCUACAAGCAAUAAUUUGGACACAAAAUAAAAUAGUUAAAAUUCAAUUAUAAAAUCUUAAGAUUAAAAAUUAAUUAACUAAAAAUUGGCUGUAGAAAAAGCCAGACAGCAAGAAGAAUAAAUUAAAUUACAACUAAUUGAAGAUCUGGAUCCCAGUAAAAGAGAAAUACUUCGUUUAGCUAUUUAAACGAACAGGUAGAAUAUCAAUAGAAAUUUCAUCAAACAGUAUAAGUUGUAUGUAAACUCUUAGGUAAAAUACGUGUUAAAUUACGAAAAAUCUGACCAAUAAAAAUACUAAUUUAGAAGCUGUAAAAACCAACCUGUUAAACUUAUUACAGAUCCCACCCCUUAAGAAAAAACUUCAUUUUAAAAGAAAUUUAAUAAAUUCAUAGCAAGCAAAAUAUACAGCAACAACGAUAUCAAACAGAUUAUUGAAAACAAAAUCUAUGGUUUCCUCUUCUAGGAGUUUCUUAAUAAUGAAAUAGCUGAUUGGAUUGAAUAAAACAUUAGUGAUAGGAAAUCUGACUACUUGUGCAUCGUUAAAUUUUACCUUCUGUGCUGCUAAUAGAACUAAUAUCUCUGUUUUAUGAAUGACAAUUACUCCUUGAAUAGGAAAAACAUCUAGUAUUUUACAAAUUUUUGA